AUGCCACGAAAAGUUCCAUCACAACUAGAAUCAAAAGUAAUUGAUACCAGCGAUAAUGGUGAUGAUUUAAUGACGGGAAUUUCAAUUUCACAAGAGAAACUGACCAAUCAUCAACCCUCAAAUGAUAAUAUGGAAAAUAUUACUAUGUACAAAUCAUCGUCAUCAUCAUCAUCAUCAUCAAAUGAUCAUCACUCACAGUCAUUCUUUUUCAACGAUGAUAUUAUCGGUCAGAAAUACGUGGAAACAGCAAAACUUCCAGGAAUGAAACAUAUUCAUGGUACAAAAAUUAUAUGGAAAAAAACGCAAAAUGUACUCGAAUUGCCAAUUCUUGGACAUUUUCAAACGUACGAGAAACGUGUCGAGCGAUCAUGUCCAAAUCCAUGGCGUCGACAUGGUGCAUUAUUAAAAAUUUAUGAAAUUGGUGGAUGGAUUUCAAAAAUGGAGAAACAACAGAUAAGUCGUCGUGAUCGAAAGUAUUUUUACGUCAAAGCUGGAAGUAAACCAUGUAAUCCACCAUUACGGCCACCGAUUAGCAUUCGAGAAAAUGAGAAGGAAAUGAAGAUGUGA